CCGGCCGCACUUCCGCCUCGGUGUCAGCGGGUCGCGGGCCUGCGGGGCGGGGGCGGGGUGGGCGGCGAGGCUCGGCGGGCGCCGGAGGGACCGCGGUCCAGUCUCAGGUGUACAACCCUGUGAUGCUGAGCUCACAAGUGUAGCUGCCAUCUGUCACCACGCCGCACUGUCUCAGCGCCAUCAGUGACAUCCCCGUGCUGUGCCUUUGAUCCAAGACGGUUCACUCCACAGCUGGAAGCCUGGCCCUCCCCCUCCCCCUGGCAACCGCCAGUCUCUUCUCUGUAUGUACAGGUCCAGUACGAUGACUUCGUAGAAAGGCCAAGACCAGGCGGCAAGGGAGCCCGGCUACCGAAGGAUGAACAGCGAGGAGGAAUUCUUCGAUGCCGUCACAGGCUUUGAUUCUGAGAACUCUUCCGGGGAAUUUUCAGAGGCAGAUCAGAGAGUUGCUGGAGUGAUGCGCGUGGAUACCGGCAGAAGCAAUGGGAUUGGAAAGGUCGGGGAGAGGCCCCCUCAAGAGAAUGGCAUUCAGAAGCACAGGACGUCGUUGCCCGCCCCGAUGUUCACCAGAAGUGAUUUCAGUGUGUGGAGUAUUUUAAAGAAAUGCAUCGGCUUGGAGCUGUCCAAGAUCACCAUGCCCAUCGUCUUCAACGAGCCUCUGAGCUUCCUCCAGCGGAUCACAGAGUACAUGGAGCACGUGUUCCUCAUUCACAGAGCCUCCUGCCAGCCCCAGGCCCUAGAAAGGAUGCAGUGCGUGGCAGCCUUCGCGGUGUCCGCAGUGGCUUCCCAGUGGGAGAGGACCGGCAAGCCCUUCAACCCCCUCUUGGGAGAGACUUACGAGCUGAUCAGGGAAGAUUUAGGAUUCAGAUUCAUAUCUGAACAGGUCAGCCACCACCCCCCCAUUAGUGCAUUUUAUUCAGAAGGCCUCAAUCAGGACUUCCUGUUUCACGGCUCCAUCUACCCGAAGCUGAAGUUUUGGGGCAAGAGCGUGGAGGCCGAGCCCCGGGGCACCAUCACGCUGGAGCUGCUCAAACACAAUGAGGCCUACACCUGGACCAACCCCACCUGCUGUGUACAUAACGUGAUCAUCGGGAAGCUCUGGAUAGAGCAGUAUGGGACGGUGGAGAUUGUAAACCACAGAACUGGAGAUAAGUGUGUGCUUCAUUUUAAACCCUGUGGAUUGUUCGGGAAGGAACUUCACAAAGUGGAGGGGCACAUUCAAGACAAAAACAAAAAGAAGCUCUUUAUGAUCUAUGGAAAAUGGACAGAGUGUUUGUGGGGCAUAGACCCUGCUGCAUAUGAGUCCUUCAAGAAACGGGAGAGGAGAGGUGACCAGCUGAGCAAGGCACAGCCGGACAACGGCUCCCAGAAAGCUGAUGGCGACGUGCUGGACUCCGUGCCCGAGGUUCAGGAGACGGUGCAGGUCAUUCCUGGCAGCAAGCUACUCUGGAGGGUCAACACUCGGCCCCCCAACUCUGCCCAGAUGUACAAUUUCACCAGUUUCACUGUCAGCCUCAACGAGCUGCAGAGCGGCAUGGAGAAGACCCUGGCCCCCACGGACUGCCGCCUGCGCCCCGACAUCCGCGGCAUGGAGAACGGCGACAUGGAUCUGGCGAGCCAGGAGAAGGAGCGGCUAGAGGAGAAGCAGAGGGAGGCCCGGAGGGAGCGAGCCAAACAAGAGGCCGAGUGGCAGACGAGGUGGUUCCACCAGGGCAGCAACCCGCACACGGGGACUCCUGACUGGUUGUACACAGGGGGUUACUUUGAGCGGAAUUUCUCACGCUGCCCGGAUAUCUACUGAGGGCUGGAGUGGCCCCGGGCCCCGGGACCGGAGGCUGGACUCCGUCAAGCGGCUGCUCAGAGCUCUGGUCGCGGCAGAAACCGGCUUUUCCAACGACUAUGUUUGUGGCUGGACUCCGUCAAGCGGCUGCUCAGAGCUCUGGUCGCGGCAGAAACCGGCUUUUCCAACGACUAUGUUUGUGGCAACAGCACCAUCCCCGGUCGAGGAUUUUAUUCUAAUUAACUUUUGAUUUUGCCAAACAUUUUACUGCUGUUGCAGUCUCUUCAUAAAGCUUCACUUGGGAUCAUCAUGUUCUCAUUAAGGGUGGAAAAGGAAAAUCCUUUGCAGUCCCUUCACAUGACGGGACUCAGCUGGGCUUGUGUAGCUGACGGCACCCUCUUCCUUGUAAAGUUUAUCACUAAGGUCCGCGACCAGGGGGGCUCCUUUAGUCAUAAAUCCCUCCAUAGUCCUCCUUGUAACGCAGAAGGGUUUCUGAGACUGUUUUGAAUGUGAACCGAUAACAGGGGAAGAUGGAUCUUGAAAAAAAUCCUUUGAAGAGCUUUAUACAGGCCAGGAAUUAAGGUAAUACAAGAGUGAAGAUUUUCAAAGCAUCAGAUUGAAUGAAAUGAAAAGUUGUCAGAUUCUGUAUUUUUUACCAAUCUUCGAUAAUGUAAAGAUUACUUUUAAAAUAUUUAAGUUAAAACUACUUGAAUAGUAUUUUGCU